CAAAGUUCCGAAUGGUCCGAAUUUCUGAAAUCCUGUUUUUAUUGUAUAUUCUGCAAUUCUGCUCAUAGUAUCUUUCAUUCAUUCAAAACAAAUAAAAUUUUAAUUGAACAAACAUCAUAGUUCACGUGGCAAUUGUAGUCGAAGAAAAAGUAGUGAAAGUUUACAGCAAUGUUUGUGACUGCCAUAUCUGUAACGUUAUCGUGAAUAAUAGAAAAGCGACAGCUAUGACAAAGCAAAUUGUAUCAUGCUCUCAUAAAACGUGUAUUAAAUCAAUGCAAUAAAAAAUUGUAUGUUCGUAAUUGACACUAUUUGGACAGAUUUAUCUUUUAUACCGAGUUAUUUGAAACAGUGCCCUGAUAAAGAAUUUAUCAUAAUAGAAUUGUUCAAAGCAUCAGUAGGCACCCUGAAAGACGUACAAAAUGAAUAUUGAGUUUCGUUCGACGUGAUCUAGGUCCUAUAGAUAAGUAUUCCAACAAUAUUUAUUGGACCUGUUCAUUCUAUUAUAUAAAUACGAGUAAUUUACUAAACUUUGAGUGAGGUAGUAAAAAUCGUGAUCACUUAUAAUAAACUGUAUUUCUUUCGAAUAAUGAAAAAGUUAUUACUUUUUAGCUGCCAUAAACAGCUAUAUUCAGUUAACCGUUAGUGUAACGUUUGGAAGUAGUAGGCAGUGGAAGUAACAUAUAUAUCAAUAAAUCUUAAAAUGUGUCGCCAAAUUUUUGCGUUGGUAUUAGUCUGCUUAGUUCAGGGACCAACCGCAGCUUUUAUUAAUAGCCCCGCAUGUCAACAAAUUGAAACCUUAUACCAAACUCUUUGCUCUCGUGACGGCACGCCAGCAGGAGUAACAACUGAUGUUGCCUCUUAUCAAGGACGUCCGGGCAAGAGAGGUCCGCCAGGACAAAAGGGUGAAGUUGGGGAAGAAGGCGCAUUGGGUCCUGCUGCAAUGGUGGAUUAUGAUCGUAUAGGAUCAGAAAUUGAGAGAAAAAUUUCAUUAGUUCAAAGACAAUCGAACGUAAAGUUGAAUACGCUAACUGCACAAGUUGAAAAUUUGAAGGAAAGAAUCAGAACAUUGGAACUGAGACAAGGUGUAUGUGAUAUCAAAUACGACGGAAAAUGUUUCUGGGUCGAAGUUCGCGAUCAUUGGUUUUCUGGAUAUGAAGAAGCAGCCGCAUUAUGUGCAAAAAAGAACGGAGCUCCGGCAAAUAUUUAUUCUGCAGAACAUUUCAACUUAAUUAUGCCUUAUUUGCGCACAAAAAUAAUGACCGGAAGAGAGUAUAUUCAUCUUUGGCUUGGGAUGCGAUACGACCCUCGGACCAAUUUGUUGACGCUGUCUGACGGAAGACCAGCAUUGUUUAAGCAGAUGUACCCAGGUUAUCCUAAUAAAAACGUUAAAUAUACACACAUGACAAUCGUGCAAAGAAUUCCAUCAAGUCUUACCAACAUCGGUUUUCAUAAUUUCGACCCGAUUUCACAAAGGGAGGGCGCUCUUUGUGAAAUUUAAUGGAUCAAUGUUAUUUGAUGAGUGGAGCAAUAAACU